AUUGCGAUAUUCUCUUCUCCAUCUUCAUCGAUAAUCUCUCUAACUUCUUUCUCUCAUCUUCUCGGGGAAAUAUACUCUAUUUUCAGUUCUUUUGAAUCUUUAAAUAUUUGAUUACUUGUGUUAGGACAAAAAUAAUCUUUGAAAAUUUCCAAUGUCGGAAGAAUAUGAAGAAUCGGACAUUAUAUUUUCCGAGCAAGCCACGAUCCAAGAGUGUAACCAGAAAACUAGAUUCUCUAACAUCAGAAAUGACGAGAAGGGCACAAGGCAGCGUGUGGCUGCGAAGAAAACAUCUCCCAUGAGUAUUCCGGUGAAUAAUUUCCGGCGUACGGAAUGGGAAACGACUGAGGAGGAGGAGGAGGAGGAGGAGGAGGAGGAUAAGACUCCUCCACAUGUGAUAGUCGAAAGAAGGUUGAAAGAGCAAAUAGCGUUUUCCGUUUGUGCCCUUAAAGGAAGAGACCUGAAUCGUCACCGCAACUCCGUUCUUAGGAUGACCGGCUUCUUAGAGGCUUGAUUUAUUUAACCGGCCGGUUCAGUUUGUACUAUUUUAAUCAACUGACCGGUUUUUUCUUUUUUUUUCUUUUUCUUCGGGUGUGUGAUUGGAUGAAUCCAAGACAUGUCUUGCAAUAGAAUUAUUUUAAUGUGAGUCUAGUUUUUUUUUAAUUACUUUCGUCAAAUUUCGAUUUCGUUACUUCUUUUUUGAACAUUGAUUUGGUUACUUGAGAAGAGGAAAACUUACCAAAUACAAUGUUUUUAUUAAAUACAUAUAUUGGAUUUUAGGUUGGUUUCUUGGUUUAUGCAUUUCGUCUCUGGUCGCAUUCAUAGACAUCAUGCAACUUGCUUGCUAAGCUGAGAUGGAUGUACUUCUUAACAUG